GGAGGUUACUCACCUACCCACGUUGUGAGUUCUAACCCCCUAGAAAACAUUCAUUACAGUGAAUGCUCCACAACGUGGUCGACUGGUAGGCAUUUGUGAAAAAACUGUUGAUGUGUCCGUGAUAAAAUGUCGGCAAGCUCCGUUGACGAUGAGUCUAAAAAAAAUGAAGAAAUCACACUCAAGCCAAAAAUGACCCUGGUAAAUGGAAUAACUGUAAUAGUAGGCUCGAUAAUAGGUUCAGGGAUUUUUGUGAGUCCGACCGGCGUUUUGAAGGAAACUGGAAGUGUAAAUGUUGCUCUUUUGGUAUGGAUAAUUUCUGGUUUGUUUUCAAUGGUCGGCGCCUAUUGCUAUGCAGAACUUGGCACCAUGAUACGAAAAAGUGGAGCAGAUUACGCAUAUAUAAUGGAUACGUUUGGGCCGUUCCUUGCCUUUGUCAGAUUAUGGAUCGAGUGCAUGAUAGUUCGGCCCUGUUCGCAGGCCAUCGUCUCCCUCACCUUCAGCGUAUAUGUGAUGAAGCCCUUCUUUCCCGAAUGCGAACCACCUAACAAUGCUGCCAGAAUGCUAGCAGUUUGUUGUAUAUUACUUUUGACAUUCAUCAACUGCUACGACGUGAAAUGGGCAACGAGAGUUCAAGAUAUUUUCACUUAUGCCAAACUUCUGGCACUAUUCAUCAUUAUUGGAGCCGGCGUUUAUCAGUUAUACAACGGUCAGACCCAAUAUUUCACGUUUCUGAACACAAAGACCGAAGUCACAUCUUUGGCAUUGUCCUUCUAUUCAGGCCUAUUUGCUUAUAACGGAUGGAACUAUCUCAACUUUAUCAUAGAGGAAUUGAAGGAUCCUGUGAGGAACCUGCCCCUAGCCAUAGCCAUAUCUUGCACCUUAGUGACGGUUGUUUACGUCCUGACCAAUGUAGCUUUUUAUACAACCCUUUCUCCUGAAGAAGUACUUGAAUCAGAAGCUGUGGCAGUAUCUUUCGCUAAUAAGCUUUUUGGACCAUUAGCUUGGACUAUUCCUGUCUUCGUAGCACUCAGUACAUUUGGAGCAGUGAAUGGUAUUCUUCUUACAUCCUCCAGACUGUUUUAUGCUGGAGCUUGCCAAGGACAAAUGCCCGAAUUACUUACUAUGAUACAAGCUAAGACUUUGACGCCAGCCCCCUCAGUGCUUGUUAUGGCGCUGCUUUCAAUGGUUUAUCUCACGGUCUCCGACAUAUAUGCUCUUAUAAACUACGUGGGAUUCUCAACAUGGCUCAGUAUAGGAGUGUCUGUCUUAUGUGUGCCAUGGUUGAGGUGGAAAAGACCAGACCUAGAGCGACCAAUCAAGGUCCACCUUAUUUGGCCUAUACUCUAUAUAAUGGCGACUAUCUUCAUCACUGCUGUACCAAUGGUAGCUAGCCCUGUAGAAACUGGAAUAGGAAUACUUAUGAUACUUUCCUCAGUUCCUGUGUAUUUUGGGUUUGUUUACUGGCGAAAUAAACCAAGAUGUUUUCUAAUGAUCAUCAAUAAAACGACAGUGUUUUUGCAGAAAAUACUUCUUGUUGUUGGUAAAGCGAAAACAGCUCAUUUGUAAAGUUAUUGAUGGAUUGUUAUUGUUACUUAUGUAAUAGUCAUGAUUUGAUGAGCGUCUUUGAAUUAAUGAUCUAUUGUUGAACUUGUUUAAUUUUACAUAUUUUUGACGAAAAUGAGACGGUGUAAUUGUUGAUUCUUAUAAAUUAAAUUUUCAAUUCAAAAACUCUCACUUCUCUCAGGAAUAUCAAGAACUUUUGGAUAUUCGAUAUGGGUUGCAUCGUUCCCCAUUUGUUUUUUUUACCAUUUCAAAUUUGAAAUUUUGGAUUCAAAACUUUUUUUCUCAUUGAAUUUUAAGCCUGAGUUAUUCAUCGACAAUAGUUGAACAAUAUAUAUGUCGUUAUUAUUUCAGAGUUUCGAGACUUGUUUGUUUUGGAAUUAUCAUUUUAUCAAGCAUCGCUCUUGAGGUAAUUGAAAAUUCAAUAGUUUGUACGCAUAAUCAUCUUUUGGCAUAAAUAUCUCUACUCAGUGAUUGUCGAAUACAAUCUCCUUCUCCAACGAAACAUAUAUUAGUAUCGGGUAUAUCUUAUACAACCUGCUAAAUUGUACAUCUGAUAUUUUUCUCUCUGUUAUUGUAAGUCGUGCCACCUUUUGUAACUAUUCUGAAGUCGUCAAUUUAUAUAGUUGAAAGUUAUUUCAGAUGACGCAAAAUGAAAAACAUCAUACGGUGCGAUUAACACCAACAGAAAGAAAAACAUCAUACAGACAAUUUAGCAAGCGGUGUGAUAAAUCCGAGUAUAUCCUGAGACUUAUUUUUUUUCAUACUGAAAAAGCCAUGCAGUGACAAUAAAGUGUUGUAAAAAA